AUGCGCUCCAAGCCUGAUCAUGUGCUAACAUCACUUCUUGCCGAUUCCACAGGGCUGAAGUGAGUCCGAUUCCGCCCGCGUACACACCGCACACGCGCCGCAAACGGGCCAUAAACCGGAACCUCCGAACCUUGAAACUGACCAUGAACCCAUCCAUCCACGCUCUACCGCUUGACCUACCAUCAAUUCGCUCAUCCGUAGCUCGUCCUCGUCCGGUGAGUCUUCGUACCUCUCUGUCAGUGGGUGUUGAGAUCUUAGCCGCCAAGUGGCGUGAGACAACGUGUCCGACCGAUCGACCGACCGACCGACCGAUAGUGCCCGUUGUCUCGCUUAAGCGUCCUACGAGCCAAUACUGACGAAACUGCCCGUCACUUUGACCUGGUCAGACACGGAGAAUCCGAAUGGAACAAGGUCAGUUCCCAACUGAACCCACCCUACCUCAGCGGGGCGGCCAUCACCCUUGACCACCCAAGCACCAUCCCCUAAUCACCCCUCGCGCUCUUCCUCCAGUUGAACCUCUUCACGGGCUGGAAGAACCCCGCACUGACCGAAGUCGGUCGAUCGGAAGCCCUCGCCGGGGCCCAAGCCUUGAAGAAAGGUGGUCACUCCCAUUUCGACGUCGCCUUCACUUCGGUCCUCAAGCGUGCGAACGAUACCCUCACCAUCAUCCUCAAGGAGAUCGGUCAGGAGGACCUGGAGACGUUCAAGAGUGAGAAGUUGAACGAGCGUGAUUAUGGUGAUUUGACCGGUUUGAACAAGGACGAUGGUCAGUUUUCAGCAAAUUCUCUUCUGCCAGUCCUUGGCUCAGUCCUAGGGCUAGACUCGAGGGACGUCCCAAGAUCGCUUUUCUAAACCUAUUAUCUUCACCCGACCCCAGCGCGCAAAAAGUUCGGCGAAGAGCAAGUGCACAUCUGGCGCCGUUCGUUCGACGUGCCUCCCCCCGGCGGAGAAUCGCUCAAGUUGACCGCCGACCGAGUACUACCUUACUACGAAUCCGAAAUCAAGCCCCGUCUCGCAAAGGGUGAAAAGGUUCUCGUCGCCGCUCAUGGUAACUCCUUGAGGGCCAUGAUCAUGGCCUUGGAGGGCUUGUCCGGCGAGGAGAUCUUGAAGGUUGAGUUGUCGACGGGGGUGCCGAUCGUUUACAAGUUGGACGCGGAGGGAAAGGUCCUUAGCAAGGAGGUGCUCAGUGAGUUGAAUUGGCUGGCUUCGGGUUGA